AUGCAGGUGCCACGCUUCCUGGAGGAUGGGGACCAUGCCCGGGGCAGUUCCUGUUUGUGGCCACCUCUCCACCUUCCGCUCUGCUGCGUGGAAUACGACAUCCUCUUCGCCAACCAGCCGGUCAAUCACACCCACCCCGGCGGAGGAGGAAGGGCUUCUCCGCCCGACCGCAGUAAGGUGACGCUGCCGGAUGCCAUCCUGCCAGCUGCCCCGUUGUCCGAGAGUGAGAUCCAGGCCAAUAGUGGCAUCAUUUUCCUGCUGGUCAUGGCUGCCACUUUCUGGCUCUACCGUUUGGUGAAAGUCCUUUGCAGCCUGUUGGGCUACUGGGAGAUCCGCUCCUUUUACACCAAGGCCCUCAAGAUCCCCUCGGAGCAGCUGUGCAACUGCAGCUGGCAGGAGGUGCAGGCCCGGCUGAUCUCGCUGCAGCGGGAACAGCAGCUCUGCGUCCACCGGCGGGAGCUGACCGAGCUGGACAUCCACCACCGGAUCCUGCGCUUCAAGAACUACCUGGUGGCCAUGGUCAACAAGUCCCUGCUCCCCGUCCGCUUCCAGCUGCCCCUGCUGGGCCGGGGAGUCUUCCUGACUCAGGGGCUCAAGUACAACCUGGAGCUGCUGCUGUUCUGGGGGCCGGGCUCCCUCUUCCAGGGCAAGUGGAACCUCCAGCCACAGUACAAGCGCGCCGGGGCCCGGCUGGAGCUGGCCCGCCGGCUGGAGCGCAGCAUGCUGGUCCUGGGCGUGGCCAACCUGUUGCUGUGUCCCUUCAUCCUGGUCUGGCAGGGCCUCUACGCCUUCUUCAGCUACACCGAGGCGCUGAAGCGGGAGCCGGGGAGCCUGGGCGCCCGGCGUUGGUCGCUCUACGGCCGGCUCUACCUGCGGCACUUCAACGAGCUGGACCACGAGCUGCAGGCCAGGCUGAGCCGCGGCUACAAGCCGGCCUCCAAGUACAUGAACUCCUUCGCCAACUCGCUGCUGGCCGUGGUGGCCCGGAACGUCGGCUUCUUCGCGGGCUCCCUGCUGGCCGUCUUGAUCGCCCUGACCGUCUACGACGAGGACGUGCUGACCGUCCAACACAUCCUGACCGCCAUCACACUGCUGGGACUGGUGGUCACGCUGGCCAGGGCCUUCAUCCCGGACGAGCACCUGGUGUGGUGCCCGGAGCAGCUACUCCAGUGUGUCUUGGCCCACAUACACUACAUCCCCGACCACUGGCAAGGCAACGCCCACAAGUCGGAGACCCGCGAGGAGCUUUCCCAGCUCUUCCAGUACAAGGCGGUCUUCAUCCUGGAGGAGCUGCUCAGCCCCAUCGUGACCCCCUUCCUCCUCAUCUUCGCCCUGCGGGCUAAAGCCCUGGAAAUCGUGGACUUUUUCCGGAAUUUCUCGGUAGAGGUGGUGGGCGUGGGGGACAUCUGCUCUUUUGCCCAGCUGGACAUCCGGAACCACGGCAACCCCCAGUGGCUCUCGCAGGGCCGGAGCGAGGCGUCCGUCUACCGGCAGGCCGAGAACGGCAAGACGGAGCUCUCGCUGGUCCACUUUGCCAUCGCCAACCCGCACUGGCAGCCGCCUCCCGAAAGCUCCCUCUUCAUCGGGCACCUGAAGGAGAAGGUGCAGCAAGACGCCUCCCACGCCCAGCGCCUCCUGGCCGAGGGACCCUUGGCGACCUCCCUGCUCUCUGACGAGGGUCCAGGCCCCGUGUCGGAUGCCCUCCUGGCCAGCGUCCUGACCCACCCGGUCCUCACUGAGCGUCGGCUGGUUGCUCAGCCUGGCAGCACAGCCAGCGUGACGGCGAGCAUCCUGGCCUCCCUCUCUUCUUCCCUGCCGCCCCGGCACAGGAGCCGUCCCGGGGAGGCUUCGCUCUCACACAGCCAGAGCCCCCUCUUGGAGAACAGCGCUGCCCCACGCCCAGCUCCCCUCAGCCGCUCGGUUCUGCUCUCUGAGUUGGCGUUGGCCGAGAUGAGUCUACACGCCCUCUACAUGCACGAGCUUCACCAGCAACAAACAGCCGCCCGCCUCACGCCGCAGCCUUCGGCACAAACAGCAUCCCCUCGCCGUCUCUUCGAUUCGCGCAGCCAGGACCGCUCACUGGAAGUUUGGGAAGAGGAGUCAGACGAGACGCAGCAGCCGGAGAAGAGCUAGCAGGAAACGCCACUCGCUCCGUCCUUCCCUCCUUCCUUCCUCUACGUUUCUGGAGGGUUGGCACUGCCAUGGACAGCUUGCCCGGAGGGCCCUCCUGCAAGCAGAACAUGCUUGGAAGUGGAGUCUCCGGCUGUCUCCCCACUCCGGCGGGGCAGGAGUGGAUGGCGGCCGCCCCUCCUUCGCUGCGGACUUGCGUGUGACAAGCAGCCUCGUUGGCGAGGCUUCCUGGCCCCUCUUCAGGGGUGGGAGUGUACGCUUCUUAGGGGGCUAAUAAGCUGGUUUGGGCCCCACACGGUGCUAUUUUUCUUAGGGGGGGGGUCUCUCUCGGGUCAAGAGAGAAAGGGGUGGGAGGGGCUCUGCUCUCACCCUGUGCUUCCCCCCCCCCUUCCCGUCCUCCCGGGCUGGCCCACCCUAAACCCUCCUCCCCACCACGCAUGCUGUGACGGUCGCAUCGCAGGGGAGUUUGGCAGGGGUAGGUGGGCAAUAAAUGUUUACAGGAACGACAAA